CCUCAAUGUAAAUUAUGCAUAAUUCUGUUUCUCUCUCAUCUAAUUCAACCAACAGAGCUCCAAUCUUUCCGCCAUGAAAACCAGAUGACAAAGGCUUCAAUAAUUCAACCACAACAAAAACAUUAAUUAAGCCCACCAGUUAGGCAUUAAUCCCUUCAUUAAUCUUCCCCCUAAUUGUCAUUUUCUCUUCCCUCGAAAUGGGUAAAUCACUGCCUUCAACAGCAGGUUUAAAGAACUUUGCUCGAAUCAUCUCAUCAGAAAGAAUCACCCCUCCAAAGCAAUUCAAACCCACGUCAUCGAACAACAAAUCGUCUGUCUCAAUUGCACAGUCAGCAACUACGCAACCCCGAGUUGACUCGGCGCAACUCGGGCUGAGGAUGGACAUCACAAGCACUGAGGGUCGGGUUCGGGUGCCCUUGUCGGAGGUGGUCAUGGAUUGCGCGAGACGGUGGUUUCAAGACACCCUUAAGGAGGCCAAAAAGGGGGACACUACAAUGCAAGUUUUGGUGGGCCAGAUGUAUAAUAGUGGGUAUGGUGUUCAUAAGGACACUGAAAAGGGGCGUGGUUGGAUUAGUGUAGCUUCUAAGGGCAGGGCUUCUGCAUGGAAAGUCAGCAACAAACCACCAGGGUACAAUGUAAGUGACUCAGAGUCACAGGAUCUCGAAGACAGCAGGAGCUAAAUACAAUUCUGUGUUACAGUCAUACGGAGGAUCCAAUUUUGUGGUGGGACCUUGUCAUUUUCCAAUCAUUCUCAUCAGGUUCCGGUAUUUUCUUAGUUGCUGUUGCACUGCUUCUAAGUACUACUUUUAUUGGCUUUCUUAAGCCUGCAACAUUUAAAAUUUUCAAUCAAUGUACAUGUACUUAUAGUCCUGUAAAUCUUACAUUUGGCCUUUUUGUUAAAAAAGGAAAAAGUUCCCAUUGAUCAA